AUGACUACCAAGGAGAAGCUGAUCACCCAUGUGUUGGCUGGUGAGCCUGUUGGCUCCCGGAGCAAGGUGACAGUGGUUGGCGUCGGCAUGGUUGGCAUGGCCUCCGCAGUCAGCGUCCUGCUCAAGGUGAGACCGAUGGAGGGGGUGGGGUGGGGGGACUCACUUACAAAAAAAGAGAGCAGUUUUGAAACUGCAGUAAAAGUGCAGUAACUGUAGUCGACUGUGAUAUGUUGGACGUAGUACUUGCAGAAUAACUGUAACUUGCAGAAUAACUGCACUGUAACUGCAGUUUCAUUGCAAAAUUGCUGCAGUAAAAAAACAGUUAUUUUGGAUGCAGUAUUUGCAGCUUACUGCAGUCUGACUGCAAUAUUUUUUCAUAAGGGGUGAAGCAUUGGUGUAGGCAGUGGGAAUGAGGGCGGUAGAGGACAGAGGUAAGGGGUGUUUAGGUAAAGUGCAUGAAAAUGAAUGUACGUAUGAAGUUAGACAGGCAUGACUAGGACACAAUAUCCAGGGUCGUGUUCAUUAGGUACCAAACGGAAAAAUACAUACCUAAACACAGAGGGACUGCAUGGACUUGUCCAAUAGGACCUUGUUUUCUGUUCUAAAAUGUAAAAAAAAAAAAAAUUGGGCCGUGCCCUAAUGAACAUGACUCAGGCCAUCACCUCCACUGUUCUAACUGGUAUGAGAGAAGAUUAGAGAAAAUAACACAGGAAUCUGUUCAAGGGCUCCAAGAUCUCUGGUCUAAAACCCAACCCCUCUGUAUUCAGCCUGGCUUUGUCUUAUAUACCACCAGCCAGAGAAAACAGGGUAAAUGAAGUGAAGCUGAUAAGUGAAGUACAUUCUGGAAAUGUUUGAUGGAUUCCAGUUCUCUCUACCCCGGGGCGUGUCAGAAACAUUGAUAUACGUUUUUACACUUUAGCUGUCGUUACACCUUGCAUUAACAUUCCACUGGGCACACACUGGUUGAAUCAUUGUGAAAAUUACAUUGAACCAACAUGGAAUAGACAUUGAUUGGAGGUCUGUGCCCAGUGGGAUGUAGUUGUCGUCAUCCGAUCAAGAUGAUCCGAACACUAUCUGAUCGAGAUUUGUUGCGUCUAUACAUGAUAAUAAAAUGUGUCUCUUAUCUGCCCACUGCAUCCGUAUUGUGACCAAAAUCCCUGGUCACUCCCUGUAUGCAAAUUAAUGCAAGCUGCCUUGGACCUCUCAUUAUGACACAAGCUUUAUAAAUCGACAGAAAACAGCACACUUUUAUGGUCAAUAAUUUUACACUCUCAUCAUCACAGCCUAAAUUUGUUAUCCAACAAUUUAAGACUGGGUGUAAUAGGCUACUGUCCCAAUAUCCUCGACCUGUCCACAGCCGUAGAAAUAAAUAUUAUUUCAUAUAUCCUCUUGUUUUAAAAACAGUAAACCAGCUUUGUAGGCCUAGGUGCAUUGGUUGUGUUUAGGCAGGUCUUAAGAAGAAUUAGCAUACCAAACAUUUGUAUUUCGAAGAACCUCUAAUGCGAUAACCUAUAGCAAGACGCGUGGUCAAAUUAUGAAAAUUGAUAAAAGUGAGAAUAGAUUUUUUUUUAAUGGAAAGGGUCAUGCAUGUAAAGCAAAUACUAUGACUUUAUAAAGGAAUAAAGUGUGAAACCAAAAGUAGGCAUACACACAGAAAGCUAUGCACAUCAGUUUGGACAUAUUCUGAACUUUUACUUUUGUUUUUUUCCCCCUCAUCAAUCUACACACAAUACCCCAUAAUAACAAAGCAAAAACAGGUUUUUAGAAAUGUUUGCUAAUAAAAAAAAGAUUAGCUGAAAUAUUACAUUUACAUAAGUAUUCAGACCCUUUACUCAGUACUUUGUUGAAGCACCUUUGGCAGCUUGGCACACCUGUAUUUGGGGAGUUUCUCCCAUUCUUCUCUGCAGAUCCUCUCAAGCUCUGUCAGGUUGGAUGGGGAGCGUAGCUGCACAGUUCUUUUCAGGUCUCUCCAGAGAUGUUCGAUCAGGUUCAAGUCCAGGCUCUGGCUGGGCCACUCAAGGACAUUCAGAGACUUGUCCUGAAGCCACUCCUGUGUUGUCUUGGCUGUGUGCUUAGGGUCGUUGUCCUGUUGGAAGGUGAACUUCACCACAGUCUGAAGUCCUGAGCCCUCUGAAGCAGGUUUUCAUCAAGGAUGUCUCUGUACUUUGCUCCGUUCAUCUUUGCCUCGAUCCUGACUGGUCUCCCAGUCCCUGCCGCUGAAAAACAUCCCGACAGCAUGAUGCUGCCACCACCAUGCUUCAACAUAGGGAUGAGGCCAGGUUUCCUCCAGACUUGACGCUUGGCAUACAGGCCAAAGAGUUCAAUCUUGGUUUCAUCAGACCAGAGAAUCUUGUUUCUCAUGGUCUGUGAGUCUUUAGGGGCCUUUUGGCACUCCAAGCGGGCUGUCAUGUGCCUUUUACUGAGGAGUGGCUUCCGUCUGGCCACUCUACGAUAAAGGCCUGAUUGGUGGAGUGCUGCAGAGAUAGCUUUCCUUCUGGAAAGUUCUCCCAUCUCCACAGAGGAACUCUAGAGCUCUGUCAGAGCGACCAUUGGGUUCUUGGUCACCUCCCUGACCAAGGCCCUUCUCCCCCGAUUGUUCAGUUUGGCCGGAAGGCCAGCUGUAGGAAGAGUCUUGGUGGUUCCAAACUUCUUCCAUUUAAGAAUGAUGGAGUCCACUGUGUUCUUGGGGACCUUCAAUGCUACAGAAUUUUUUUGGUACCCUUCCCCAGAUCUGUGCCUCGACACAAUCCUGUCUCGGAGCUCUACGGACAAUUCCUUCAACCUCAUGGCUUGGUUUUUGCUCUGACCUGCACUGUCAACUGUGGGACCUAUUUAGACAGUUGUGCCUUUCCAAAUCAUGUCCAAUCAAUUGAAUUUACCACAGAUGAACUCCAAUCAAGUUGUAGAAACAUCUCAAGGAUGAUUGAUGGAAACAGGAUGCACCUGAGCUCAAUUUCUAGUCUCAUAGCAAAGUGUCUGAAUACUUAUAUAAAUAAGGUAUUCCUGUUUUCUAUUUUUAAUACAUUUGGUAAAAUUUCUAAAAAACUGUUUUCACUUUGUCAUUAUGGGGUGUUGUGUGUAGAUUGCUGAGGAUUUGUAUUUAUGUAAUCUAUUUUAGAAUAAGACUGUAACGUAACAAAAUUUGGAAAAGGUCAAGGGGUCUGAAUACUUUCCGAAGGCACUGUACAUAUACUUCAGGAUGUCGUGUAUCCCUAGACAUAAAUCAGAAUUCAUGUAAACAUUACAGUUUUGAAAACAUAGUUGUCUUUUGGCACAACGUGGGGGGUAAAUUUAGCUGCGGAACAGGGUAAGUUAAGCCGCCUACACAUUUCUGUACUGAAUGAAAUAUUACCACUACCUUUUUAAAACCAUGUCUACCUUUAUUUCCCAAACACAAUUCAACACAAUCACUUUUUGUAUUUUAAUCAUUUUAAGUAUAUUUGAACACAGGCUUAAGACCUAACAAACCCUUUGUACUUUUUUAAAAGCUUAACAUAGGCCAUUAUUGCAGUAUUACUUUAGUGCCUUGUUGCAAACAGGGUGCAUGUUUUGGAAUAUCUUUAUUUUGUACAAGCUUCCUUCUUUUCACUCUGUCAAUUAGGUUAGUAUUGUAGAGUAACUACAAGGAUCCGUCCUCAGUUCUCCUAUCACAGCCAUUAAACUCUGUAACUGUUUUAAAGUCAUCAUUGGCCUGAGAGGUUUCCUUCCUCUCCAGCAACUGAGUUAGGAAGGACGCCUGUAUGUGCAGAUAUGCAUCUUUAAAAAAGGAAGGGGCGUGGAUCAGAAAACUAGUAUCUGGUGUGACCACCAUUUGCCUCAUGCUGUUGAUUGUGGCCUGUGGAAUGUUGUCCCACUCCUCCUCAAUGGCUGUGCGAAGUUGAUGGAUAUUGGCGGGAAAACGUUGUCGUACACGUCGAUCCAGAGCAUCCCAAACAUGCUCAAUGGGUGACGUGUCUGGCUAGUAUGCAGGCCAUGGAAGAACUGGUACAUUUUCAGCUUCCAGGAAUUGUGUACAGAUCUUUGCGACAUGGGCCCGUGCAUUAUCAUGGUGAAACAUGAGGUGAUGGCGGCCGAUGAAUGGCACGAUCAUGGUGGCGGAUGAACGGCACGACAAUGGGCUUCAGGAUCUCGUCACGCUAUCGCUGAGUAUUCAAAUUGCCAUUGAUAAAAUGUAAUUGUGUUUGUUGUCCGUAGCUUAUGCCUGCCCAUACCAUAACCCCACGGACACCAUGGGGCACUCUGUUCACAACUUUGACUUCAGCAAACCGCUCGCCUACACGUACAGUUGAAACCGGGAUUCAUCCGUGAAGAGCACACUUCUCCAGUGUGCCAGUGGCCAUCGAAGGUGAGCAUUUGCCCACUGAAGUCGGUAACAAUGCCGAACUGUAGUCAGGUCAAGACCCUGGUGAUGACAAUCUUUGGUUGUGCAAACCCACAGUUUCAUCAGCUGUCCGGGUGGCUGGUCUCAGACAAUCCCGCAGGUGAAGAAGCCAGAUGUGGAGGUGCUGGGCUGGGCUGGGGUCGUUACACAUAAUCUGCGGUUGUGAGGCCGGUUGGACGUACUGACAGAUUCUCUAAAAUGACCUUGGAGGCGGCUUAUGGUAGAAAAAUUAACAUUAAAUUAUCUGGCAACAGCUCUGGUGGACAUUCUUGCAGUCACCAUGCCAAUUGCACGCUCCCUCAAAACUUGAGACGUCUGUGGCAUUGUGUUGUGUGACAAAACUGCACAAUUUAGAGUGAACUUUUUUUUUUUCCAGGACAAAGUACACCUGUGUAAUGAUCAUGCUGUUUAAUUAGCUUCUUGAUAUGCCACACCUGUCAGGUGGAUGGAUUAUUUUGGCAAAGGAGAAAUGCUCAAUAACAGGGAUGUAAACAAAUGUGUGCAAAAACAUUUAGAGAAAUAAGCUUUCUGUGUGUAUGGUUCAUUUCUGGGAUCUUUUAUUUCACUCAUGAACAUGGGACCAACACUUUACAUUUAUAUUUUUCUUCAGUAUAAAUCAAAACUAGACGUUGAACUGACGUCUGUGCCCAGUGGGUUGGUUUUUAAUGAAGACCAUGAUCUUAAUUCUGGAGACAUUGUAGAAGUAUCCUUGUCCAUAACUAGUACCUCAACUGGCCAGUGUGACAUUUUUUAGAAGGCCGGAACACCGUGACGUUAGCCAAAUGUAUACACUUUCAUUAUCCGGAUUGGUUUACACUCCAAAGCUAUCCGUACAAGAUGCAUCUUCGGCUACCUCCGGAGGUGGUCAGGACGAUCUAGUCACAAUCAGAUCACAAUGUGUCUUUUGAUUGUCUACUCCUGUCGACAAAUGUGGGCAGAGAUCCGAAGAUCCGGACAACAGACUCAUGUUAGAACUAUAAAGUUAUAAACAGGGCUCCUGACUAUUGCAUCCCAAAAGACACCUAUACCCUAUAUAGUGUACUACUUUUGACUAGAGCCCUAUGGGCCCUUUUUUGUUUCCUCACUGGGAUAGGUUGCAUCCCAAAACAUUAGGAACACUUGCUCUUUCCAUGACAUACUGUAGACUGACAAGGUGAAUCCAGGUGAAAUAUAUGAUCCCUUAUUGAUGUCACAUGUUAAAUCCACUUCAAUCAGUGUAGAUGAAGGGGAGGGGACAAGUUAAAGAAAGAUUUUAAAGCCUUGAGACAAUUGAGACAUUAAUUUUGUGUGUGUGCCAUUCAGAUGGUGAAUGGGCAAGAUUAAAGAUUUAAGUGCCUUUGAACGGAGUAUGGUAGUAGGUGCCAGGCGCACCGGUUUGAGUGUGUCAAGAGCUGCAAUGCUGCUGGGUUUUUCAUGCUCAACAGUUUCCCGUGUAUAUCAAGAAUGAUCCACCACCCAAAGGACAUUCAGCCAACUUGACACAACUGUGGGAAGCAUUGGAUUCAACGUGGGCCAGAAUCCCUGUAGAAUGCUUUUGACACCUUGUAGAGUCCAUGCCCCAACAAAUUAAGGCUGUUCUGUGGGCAAAAGAGGGUGCAACUCAAUAUUCGGAAUGUGUUCCUAAUGUUUUGUACACUCUACGGGCCCUGGUCAAAAGUAGUACACUAUAUAGGGAAUAGAGUGCCAUUAGGGAUACACCCAAAGCCAGUGAGGAAACAAAGGCUUACAGGAAAUAGACCUCUGCUGUCCACUGUGCAGUCCAUGUCAAAUCUGCCGAGGUGAUCUGAAUGGAGAGAGCUGGGGGUAACUGGUGGGCUUGCAAGUGUGUUUUAUCCAGGCCUUGUGUUAUAAGCAAUCUGUAGAAGCCUGUUUUAUCCAGUUGAUCAAUAGGCCUAUUUGGCAUAAGACUGGAGUGAAUGAGACAAUGGACUGGAGGCAAGUGGUUUUAGGCCUCUAAGUGUGAGAUGGGCCUGGUCAGUUGUCAAAAUAACACACAGUGAAAAUACAUUUUAACCAUGCCUACAUUUCUAUAUAGGUUAUAUUGUUAAACAAUACAAAAUGUACUACUAAAUGAUGACCAUUUCACCAUUAAAUGUCUUAGUAAAAUGGAGCAGACUAUAGGGCCUGUUUCCCCGUACACAAAUAAAGCUUAGUCCAGGACUAAAAAGCAAAUUCAAUGGUGAAAUAGCUUUUUAGGACAAUAUUUUGCCCUAAUUUGUGCCUGGGAAAUCGGCCCCUUAUGUACAGUAUAGCCAUAUACUUUUCUAUAUGGAGUAUAUUCCUGAACCAUAACAUGCCUUGUUUGCGUGUGUUGACCAGGACCUGUGCGAUGAGCUGUGCCUGAUUGAUGUGAUGGAGGAUAAACUGAAGGGUGAGGUCAUGGACCUGCAGCAUGGCAGCCUCUUCUGCAAGACUCACAAGAUCGUGGGUGACAAGGGUGAGUGAAGAGUCAUAAACGUAUGCACAAACACUCUAACACACACAUACGCACAAACGAGUUGUGCACACACACAAACAUACACAUGCCCGCACAAGUUGAGCAGACACACAAAUACACAAAGGCACACACACACAAACACACACACACCAAACACACACACACACACACACACACACACACACCCUUAUUUGUUGUGGGGGUGCUCGGAACACUAGGUUGCAUUUGUGUGUGUUUAACGUGCAUCUUAUAUCACACUCAAGACUACAGUACGACCGCCCACUCCAAGGUGGUGGUGAUCACCGCCGGUGCUCGUCAGCAAGAAGGCGAGAGCCGUCUGAACCUGGUGCAGCGCAACGUCAACAUCUUCAAAUUCAUAAUCCCCCAGAUCGUCAAGUACAGCCCCAACGCCAUCCUGCUGGUCGUCUCCAAUCCUGGUACGAGAGGAGAGAGGGAUAAUGGAGAAGGAGUGAGAGAGCGAGAGAGAGAGAGAGAGAGAGAGAGAGGGAUAAUGGAGAAGGAGUGAGAGAGAGAGAGAGAGAGAGAGAGAGAGAGAGAGAGAGAGAGAGAGAGAGAGAGAGAGAGAGAGAGAGAGAGAGAUGGAUGGAUGAAAGAGAGAGAGCAAUAGAAAAGGAAGGUAGACAGAUGGAUAGUACGAUAAAGAGAAAAUUGGAAGUGAAGGUAAUUCGGUUCAACAUGGUCCAGUAAAUUGAUCAUCACUCUAGCAUUGUGCUAAGUCAUUGAUAUGUUUGAAUAAUAUUAGUGCUGGGCUGGAACAACUCUAUGGUCAUAUUGCUGACAUCUCUGACAAAAUGUGUCACCCCCCUUCACCCCUCCUACCCUCCCUUUCAGUCCCCACCGUAUGCCCAAUCUGCAAAGUCAAUAUAGGCUAUAUAGUGAACAUUUCUACAAAGAAAACAUGUAAUUUAAGGUUAGGCUAAUGUUAGGGGUAUGGUUAAGGAUAGGGUAAAGGUUAGGGUUUGUUUUGUUAACUCAGAUGUGCUAAUAUUUGUCACCACCCUUCUCCCCCCAUCCCAGUUGACAUCCUAACCUAUGUGGCUUGGAAGCUGAGUGGUUUCCCCCGUCACCGCGUCAUCGGCUCCGGCACCAACCUGGACUCCGGUCGUUUCCGCCACCUGAUGGGCGAGAAGCUACACCUUCACCCCUCCAGCUGCCACGGCUGGAUCAUUGGAGAGCACGGAGACUCCAGCGGUAUGUAGGCUAUGGCUUCAAAUACACUCCACUCCGGAACCUGUCUGUUUGAUUACAAUAUUGUGGAAAACCUUCACGUACAUUGGUACUGUAUCUAUGACAGACAGGUAACUGACUGGAUGACUGUCUCUUCUCUUUCUCUCAGUGCCCGUAUGGAGCGGCGUGAAUGUUGCUGGUGUUUCCCUGAAGGGCCUGAACCCAGACAUGGGCACAGACGCAGACAAAGAGGACUGGAAGCACGUCCACAAGAUGGUGGUCGACGGGUGAGUCUUAUAAACACACAUUGCUAUCUGUUCAACUCAGAGCGCACCCUUUUAAAACAUUUUGCAAUGGAAAACAAGCAUUACUUAUUGGAGAAGUUCAGAUAGUACUCCAUUCAGAUAGUACUCACUCAGUUUCGACGCGUUUUCUUGCAUUUCAUGCCUAAUGAACACAACCCAGUGCUAGCAAUGCUUGGGUAAAGCAGAGCUCAGCGACUACUGUAGCACAUGACGAUACUAUUUAUAUAAUUAGAAACCUGUUGUAGUGAACUUGUAGCCUGUCAUACUUGGAAAUACUCUGCUUUUAGGACCGGUUUCAUGGACAUAGCCUAGUCCUGGACUAAAAAGCGUACUCAAUGGUGAAUCUCCACUAAAAUAGCUUUUUAGUCCAGGAUUAGGCUUAAUCUGGAAAGUGGUGCCUAGAGUUUGACUCCAAAUGAAUCAGUCUAUACUCCAUGAAUCAUUAACGCAAUGGUGGAGGUAGAGUAAAAAUUACUACAGGCCUAAUAAAAUCCAAUGGAGUUUGGAGUAAUGAGGAAGGAAUUUGGAAAACAUGCUGGACUAACACAGUAAGCACUGACUACACCAUUGACUAAAGCAGUUUACUUGUUGUUAUGGAAUGCAGAAGACUGUAAUGGUAUUACCAUUAAUUACAUGUUUUUACAAGUAAUUCACAACCCACUUUAUAACUACUUUAAUGGCAUUUGCUGUUUUCAAAAUACACUGAAUAUACAAAACAUUAAGAACACUACACUGCUCUUUCCAUGACAUAGACUGACCAGGUGAAUUCAAGUAAAAGCUAUGAUUCCUUAUUGAUGUCACUUGUUAAUUCUACUUUAAUCAGUGUAUGUGUGCCAUUCAGAGGUUGAAUGGGUAAGACAAAAAAUGUCAGGCGCACCGGCUUGUGUCAAGAACUGCAACACUGCUGGGUUUUCCACCCUCAACAGUUUCCCAUCUGUAUCAAGAAUGGUCCACCACCCAAAGGACAUCCAGCCAACUUGACACAACUGUGGGUGAGAAGCAUUGGAGUCAGUAUGGGCCAGCAUCCCUGUGGAAUGCUUUCAACACCUUGUAGAGUCCAUGCCCCGACGAAUUGAGGCUGUUUUGAGGGCAAACGAAGGGAGGUGCAACUCAAUAUUAGGAAUGUGUUCCUAAUGUUUGGUAUACUUAGUGUAUAUUUUCCGCUAAUGGUUUUUAACAUUUACAAUAGGAAAAACAACCCACAUUUCCUAUGAAAUUAUACCUUUUUUACAUUUACAUUAUUUAGCAGACGCUCUUAUCCAGAGCGACUUACAGGAGCAAUUAGGGUUAAGUGCCUUGCUCAAGGGCACAUCGACAGAUUUUUCACCUAGUCGGCUCGGGGAUUAGAACCAGCGACCUUUCGGUUACUGGCACAACGCUCUUAACCACUAAGCUACCUGACGGUUGUUUUAAAUGUUUUACCAACCUUAUAGGUUAAAGAGGUGUGUACAAUGGUGUUAAGUUAGAGGUGUAGGUUAAAGGUGUGUGUAUAAAGUUGUUAUGAAGGUUACACAUAUGUUAUAUAUAUGUGUUUAAAGGUAUUUGUAUGUGUAAUAUACACUAUAUAUACAAAAGUAUGUGGACACCCCUUCAAAUUAGUGGCUUCGGCUAUUUCAGCCACACCCGUUGCUGACAGGGGUAUAAAAUCGAGCACACAGCCAUGCAAUCUCCAUUGACAAACAUUGGCAGUAUAAUGGCCUUACUGAAGAGCUCAGUGACUUUCAAUGUGGCACCGUCAUAGGAUGCCACCUUUCCAAAAAGUCAGUUCGUCAAAUUUCUGCCCUGCUAGAGCUGCCCCGGUCAACUGUAAGUGCUGUUAUUGUGAAGUGGAAACGUCUAAGAACAACAAUGGCUCAGCCACGAAGUAGUAGGCCACACAAGCUCACAGACGGGACCACCGAGUGCUGAAGCGCGUAGCGCGUAAAAAUAAUCUGUCCUCGGUUGCAACACUCACUACCGAGUUCCAAACUGCCUCUGGAAGCAACGUCAAGACAAGAACUGUUCGUCGGGAGCUUCAUGAAAUGGGUUUCCAUGUCCGAGUAGCCGCACACAAGCCUAAGAUCACAAUGCGCAAUGCCAAGCGUCGGCUGGAGCUGUGUAAAGCUCGCCGCCAUUGGACUCACUGGAGCAGUGGAAACACAUUCUCUGGAGUGAUGAAUCACGCUUCACCAUCUGGCAGUCCGAUGGACGAAUCUGGGUUUGGCGGAUGCCAAGAGAACGCUACCUGCCCAGAUGGAAUAAUGGUCUGGAGCUGUUUUUCAUGGUUUGGGCUAGGCCCCUUAGUUUCAGUGAAGGGAAAUCUUAAUGCUACAGCAUACAAUGACAUUCUAGACGAUACUGUGCUUCCAACUUUGUGGCAACAGUUUGGGGAAGGCCCUUUCCUGUUUCAGCAUGACAAUGCCCCCGUGCACAAAGCGAGGUCCAUACAGCAAUGGUUUGUCGAGAUCGGUGUGGAAGAACUUGAAUGGCCUGCAUAGAGCCCUGACCUCAACCCCAUCGAACACCUUUGCGAUGAGUUGGAAUGCCGACUGCGAGCCAGGCCUAAUCGCCCAACAUCAGUGCUUGACAUCACUAAUGCUCUUGUGGCUGAAUGGAAGCAAGUCCCCGCAGCAAUGUUCCAACAUCUAGUGGAAGCCUUCCCAAAUAAGUGGAGGCUUUUAUAGCAGCAAAGGGGGGACCAACUCCAUAUUAAAGGCCAUGAUUUUGGAACGAAAUGUUCGACGAGCAGGUGUCCACAUACUUUUGGUCAUGUAGUGUAUGUUUGUAUCUUGGAUGUUCCCCUCUAACUCCUCUCCUCGUUUCUUUCUAUUUCAUAUAGUGCCUAUGAGGUCAUCAAGUUGAAAGGUUACACCUCCUGGGCUAUCGGCAUGUCCGUCGCUGACCUGGUUGAGAGCAUCCUGAAAAACCUCCACAAAGUCCACCCCGUGUCCACCCUGGUCAAGGUAAGAAGACCAUAUGCUGGGAGUCCAUCUGCCAAAUUGGGACAGAUGCAAGGUUGCGUCCUCUAUCAUUGUGUGUGGUUGUAGACUAGGAGUGGAGUAUUUCUUUGAAUGUUUUUUUUUUUUUAUAGUCUCAAGCCGACAUGCAAACUAUAUGCUAAAUUAUAUACUGUACCUAAUGCUUGCUAUGACUGAAGAUGUAAGGAUUAAGUUGGCACACACACGCUAAUACACACUUACACACACCUACCUACCCCUCAUGUACACACAUGCCCCUCCCCCCCACCACACCCAAACCAACACUCCAGCUGUGUUCGGUCCCUAACCAGUUUCUCUCUCCUUGCCGCCAUCCAUCCCCCUCCCUAUCUCAGGGAAUGCACGGUGUGAAGGAUGAGGUGUUUCUCAGCGUGCCCUGCGUACUGGGCAACAGCGGUCUGACCGACGUCAUCCACAUGACUCUGAAGCCCGAGGAGGAGAAGCAACUGAUCAACAGCGCCGAGACCCUCUGGGGCGUGCAGAAAGAGCUCACCUUGUAA